UUCACUUGGCACAGGCGCAGCCGUGCGCCGCGCUCCUCCUUUGUCCUAGUGCGCACCGAUCCCUGAUUGAGGCGUGUGAUGCCAAGUGAGACACAUCCACUACAGCAAAGGUGGGAACAUAAGCGAACAUUUAGUAAAGUGCAGUUUUGUUUUUACAUUUGUUUUGCAGAGGUUUGGAAAGCGACAACUUGCCUCGGUCUCAAGUGCGAAGAACCAUGGAUGAAGAGUUAUUUUUACCACUUUAGAGGUUCAGACAAAAACUGACAAAAGGUCUGGAUCGAACUCUCCGUAACCUCAGAGAUCUUUAUUAAAUAAAUAAGACAUAAACAUGGAUCUUUAUGCGCGAAAUGAGACAUUUACAUCUCCCGAGUGGGUCGGAGCGCAGACUGACGCGCUGCAGAGCGGAGCCGGUAACGGGAGCUUGGAGGCAUCAAACAUCACCAGCGGCAACGAUUCCACACACAUACCUCAGCGCGUGAGGUACAAAGAUGAUGACCACACGCUGCGGAUCCUGCUCUACUCGCUCAUCUUCUUCCUGAGUGUGUUUGGCAACCUGCUGAUCAUUGUGGUGCUGACAGUCAAUAAGCGCAUGCGCACCGUGACCAACUCCUUCCUGCUGUCGCUCGCCGUCAGCGACCUGAUGAUGGCCGUCUUCUGCAUGCCCUUCACCCUCAUUCCCAGCAUCCUCAAGGACUUCAUCUUUGGAGCUGCCAUGUGCAAGAUAGUGUCCUACCUCAUGGGAAUAUCAGUGAGCAUCUCCACAUUUAGCCUGGUUGCCAUAGCGAUCGAGCGCUACAGCGCCAUCUGUAAUCCCCUGAAGUCACGGGUGUGGCAGACCCGAUCCCAUGCCUAUCGGGUGAUUGCUGCGACGUGGGUGCUGGCCUUCAUCAUCAUGAUCCCCUAUCCAAUCAUCAGUCACCUGGAGUCUUUUCAGCGUCCUGACAACACCACUGCCCACCAGUGUCGCCACAAGUGGCCCGUCGCAACGGCAGAGCAGGCGUGGUACAUUAUGCUGCUGCUCGUGCUGUUCGCCAUCCCAGGCUUGGUGAUGAUUGUAGCCUAUGGACUGAUCUCCAGGGAACUUUACAGAGGCAUCCAGUUUGAGAUGGGCCACAAAAAAGACUCUACUGAUGUGAAGAAUGGACUGACCUCCACUGUGUCGACUGGCAGUGAUGAUGGAGAUGGUUGCUAUGUGAACGUCGUCCAGCGGCCACGCUCGAUGGAGAUGUCCACCAUGUCCUCAUCCAACAGAGCCAUCAAGGCGGAAAGACCGCGCAGCAACACAUCUGAGGCCAAGCUGGAGGCCAAGAAGCGAGUUAUCCGCAUGCUGGUGGUCAUUGUUGUCCUGUUCUUUCUCUGCUGGAUGCCACUGUACUGUGCCAACACCUGGCGAGCUUUCGAUGACAUCUCUGCCAAACAAGCCCUCUCGGGGGCACCCAUUGCUUUUAUCCAUUUGUUGUGCUACACCUCCGCCUGCGUCAACCCAAUUAUUUACUGCUUCAUGAACACACGCUUCCGCAAAGCUCUGCUAGCCACGUUCUCAUGCUGCGCCGCCCCUUGCCACCGUCGCCAUCCUCGCCGUGGGCUACGGGACAACGAGGAGGAUGUUAUGGCAACGGGAGCAUCCAUGUCCAAGUUCAGUUACACUACAGUCAGCACCAUGGGAACCUGCUGAGGCAGAUGGAUGCAGGCACAAUCCAGAAGAGACAGUUACUACGGCAACACAGCACCCCACAUCCUUUGUCUUUAGGCCAAUUCUGUACUCAUAGGGACAGUGAUGUGGAGUGGAAAAACAGGCCAUAUAGUGUAGCAGCAUAGAAGCUUCACCCAUGACUGUGAGCAAAGUUACGUAGGGAUCAUUUAUGGAAACAGUCUUACAGUGUAAAUACCUCCAUACAGUAGCUAUAUUAAGAACAGCACAAAAAAAUUAUAGUUAUUUCUUGUCACAGUGGACCAAGGCAAAUCGUUUGCUUAGAUGUUUGCGGUGGGGCGUGUGUGAGUGUGUGUGCAUGAGUGUGUGGUAGUGGUGGGCUGUAUGAUAACUUCAUCACGUAGCUAUAAAAACAGGAAGAUCAUUUGCUAUGUAAUUUUUAAAUUGUGUUUUAUAUUUUGCUGUCAGUUGUUCAUCCGUGUUAACGAUGGUGAAGCAAUUGCCUUGUGGACUAAGUGCCUGGUUCUAAAUACUAGUGUGUUAUAUUUGUCUGCUGUUGAUUUGCCUCAUUCAUCACAGGCACUAUAAUCACAGGCAAAUUGUAACCUGAGGGGUUGUGGAAGUGGAGUUUACAGACUGAAAGUAUGUUCUAAACAAACUGAAAAUCCUCCUCAGAAGAUAAGAAUUUCCUCCAGACGGGACCUGAUAAAUAAGUCUGAAGCUCUACAUGGUUCCACGGUUCGCAGGAAACGUGCUAUAAACAGCUUAGAUGGGCAGUGGUGAUGCCUUGUGUUGUGGUUGUACACUAGCCAACUUUGUGUUUUUGAGUUUGUAGAGGCAGAUUUUCUGUGUGUGCUGCAGUGUUUGUUUGUGUUGUGUCCUCAUAGGUGAACACUGUAGCAAAUGUUAACAGGGUGACUUGAAGGGUUGUGUUUCUUUCUAGUAUCAGGACUCUUGUUUGAGGGCAGUAUACAAUUCGCUGGAGAACAUCUGAAAUGGAAGUUGGGAUACGUCAGAGACUACUUCACUAUCAAAAGACCACUCCAUAUGUACGGUAUAAAAGUAGUUUUAUUUGGGGUGAUGAGAGGAUUAGGGAAAGAUGAGGUGAGGAUCAAGUUUGAUGGUGUGAUGGUGUUAAGGGAAGGGUUGAAAACAGGGUAGAUGGACUGGUCCUGAAAGUGGGUAGGGGUCAUGUAUGAUGGGGUGAUUGCGGUCAAGAGGGAUGAACGGUGUUUAACAGAGUCGUGAUGAGGCUGGAGCAUAUUAAACUGUAUUAAAUAAUGGACGUAGCCACCAUGACAUCACUCAUUGGUUUCUGGACUCCCAUUUUUAAGGCUCAAAUUUAGCAUUUUGGCCUUUGCUAUCUUGAUGUUUUGGAGCCACAUUUGGAUGAGAGGCUAGAGCUGGGGAGGAGCAAAGGGUGGAUCUGACUGAGGAGCUGAAGACACUGUUGGCGUCCCGCCCUUAAUUAUGCUUAACUUUAAGCCUUAAUAUCACUUAAAGGGAUGAGUUAUAUGAAAACUCCCCCCUGUGCAGUUGUCAUGAAGGGGAAAUAGCUAAACAGGCCCAAACUGUUUUUGUGCCAGGCUAUAAACAUUUUUAUUUAGGCUGUAAAGUUGGGCAUAUUAACAUGAGCGUCAGUUGGGACUGACUGGCUUCUGGAGCCAGCCUCAAGAACUGCAGUUUUUGGCACUUUCAUGUUGGCUUCAUUUUUCAGCCCUGACGGUUGUUGCUUGGUCGAGUCUCAGGGUCGGGACAGUCCUUUCUGACCUUCGCCAUGCCCUUGGGGGUUCAUAUCUGGGACCUUCUUUUUGUUAGUAACGAUGCUAGCGGCUGAGCAGGAAGAGAAGAGGAGAACAGGGUUUGGGGGAAGGAAGGUCAUGAGAUCUGAGAAAAACAGUAGAGAAAGGGAUAGCCACACCUGAGACCAGGUUUAAAGAGAAUUAAUGGGCACAGGUGGGAGAGAGACGCAUGCUCUUGUCACAUUAGAAAAACUCCCCUUAAAAAGAGGGUGCACUAUAUUCCUAUAGAUACAAGGACUUUGAUGAAGUCGCCAGAGGUAAUCUUAUAUCUUGAAAAAAAAAAAAAAAACUUCACUGCAGCCUCACAGUAUGUUUUAUGGAGGCAGCAAGAGGAUUAAGUAACUACAGUGAAUACAAAUAUGUUCAGUGAUAGUUCAGUGACUUGCAGUUCCUGUUGAGCUCACCUGCAGGCUACAAAAUGGCAGCCAGGUUUCAGAGGUCUGUGUUUGUCAGGCCCUGUCUAGCGCGCUUGACUCUGGCUCUCCUGUGCACCUCGCACUAAUUGCGUUACAACCUCAAACCUGCCAGGCUGAACAGAUGAGCAUAUUUCACUGAGUGCACCAAAGCACAAUGCUGUCAGCCUCUCAACUAAUAGAUGUAUGGACUUGCUUUUGUGAGCAUUUUUUAGUUUUUUUUUUUUUUUUUUUUGGAGGAGGAGGAUUUUAGAUUGGCCUGCAGCUUUUGUGGUUUAUUGUGUGCACCGUUCCCUUUGUGUUUAAAAUAUAAAUCAUAGUGAAGCCUUUCUAUGAGACUAAAAUAGUGUAAGAGGGAGGAAUUUUAUCAGCUGAAACCUCUGUGUUAUGCAAAGUACAGCAAAUGACAACCUUGUUGACAACCCUAGACGAUAAAAUCGUACACUAAUGUGCUAAUAAAUUAAUAUCUGCAGCUCCUGUUCCUAUGUCAUUAAAAUGAGACAACCGUAUAUUCUUUCCGCUUCACGUCAAGUGUACGAAGGAAGGCAAAGUGACAGCAGAACAUUGCCUUCACCUUCCCCUUGGCUCACUGUGCAAACUCAGUCCCCAUCAUGUUCGAAGCACAAGAGGCACACAUUCAUCUAGCUGAUGAUUGUCUCUGGGCUUCAUGACCCACUGCUGAUUACCAUUGGGCACUGGGCCUUUGUAUAUAUAUGGCUCUGGUUUUAAAUGCGCACAUACAAUGAUGCCAUAGUGAGAUCAUGUGUGUCCUCAAAUUGAAAUGCCUGUCUGGUCUCGAAAUCUUGCUGUCAAACCUUGGAAAAGCAGACAUUUUGUAUGGUGAAUAAAGUUCUCCCGCAGUAAAAAGCAGACAUUUUGUAUGGUGAAUAAAGUUCUCCCGCAGUAAAAAGCAGACAGAGGGAUUUAUGCGUCUGCUAGAAGCAUUUCCCACAUAGAGAAAUACUGUAACGCUGCUGUCUGUGUUGUUGUUUAUGAGAGACGCUUGGAAAACUUAUUUUUUUUCAUAGAGAGUGAGGCUGUGAGAGGCUGAUUUCCCUGCGGUGUCAUAGAGGCCGUUUGACGUUAUGACUUGCUCCCCAAUCUACUGCAUCUCAUCCAGUCAGCACACACACACACACACACACACACAUACACAGACUACUCCUGUUUAAACUAGUUAUUAUGCACUUGCUCACAACCAAUUACAGACAUGCCAAUAAUUAGUUAUUUUCCUCUUUGACCAAAUUAAUACUAGCCAUUAAAUUAAAGCUCAGUGUAAAAAUACCUGUGAUGACUAAUAUGCAGUGGGUAGUGAUUGUAUCACUAAUUACCACAUUCCAAAUUAUGUAUAAAUGUCAAUGUGAACAGAGGUACUUAAAGGUUAUUUUAAAUGCCACCCUCAGUCCUCUGUUUUAAAUUUGGAAUUUAGUGAUCCCACUCACAAGUUUCAUAUUAUAUGUCACAUUUAUUCUGCGGACAGAAAUGACUGUCCUGCACAAUAUCUACAGAUGGUGUUGCCAAGGGUGCCAUGAGUUCAAAGCUGCACUAAUUCACAUUAACAGUAGAUCAGUCUUCUACAUGUAAUGUGAAAGGGGUCAGUCACAGUGACAAACCCACAGAGGAUUAUCAGCCAUCUCCAGGGUUUUUGCCUUUUUUUGGAUCAUAUUUUUGGUUCUCUGGCCUGUAACUCUGCUGUCAUCAAUUCUGCAGCAAGCUGUUUUCAGCAGAUAAUCCGACCAAACAGCAGACUAUGUGUUUGUGACUAUUUGGCGACUAUUUGGUGAACAUAAAGGAGAAUCUAGCUGCCCGUAUAUUUCCCUUAGGAGCUGGUGGAGACCAAAACAGAGUUAAAAGGACAGCAAAUAUUGGACUUAAAUUCACUGGGUGGCCACAAACAUAACUGAAUAUAUGCUAAUAUAGCUUUGUUUCUGCUGGAUGUGCACGGCAACUGUUAGCUAACAUGUUAGCCAUAACAAGUAAAAAAAAUUGUCAAUUCUAUGAAAACAAAACAAACAAACAAAUACAAAUGGUGCUGCCAUACAUACGUAUAUGAAUAGAGCUAUAUAUUUAAAUUGCAAAGGUCAACCCUUUAAAACCUGGAGCGACACCACUUUUCUUGUGCUGCUUUCAGACACCUUUCGCAAGUAUUUAACCCCAGCGAUUUCUUUAAAAAACAUGGGAGAAAAGGCAAUGAGCAACUUGAUAAGAAAUGUCCCACAAAUCGCAAAAAAAUUAAUAGAUUUAGAAAAUUAUUAUUUUUUUA